AUGUCGGACCCUGAUACUUCGUCCCCCACCACUACCGCCGCCGUAGGUGGAGACAUAUUUGGCGACUACAUCAUCGAUCAGCAACAUACCGGCAGCGAAGUAAAUACAGAUACAGAUACGAGUAGAGAGACAGAUUCAGAUUAUACAGACCCACCACCACCACCACCACCACCACCACCACCAUUACCGCCCAUCGUAACCAAUGAAGUCUACUCGCGCAUACCCAUUCCAGUCACUGGCAGUCGCCGGUCCUACAUUGCACCCCCCAGCGAAACUAACGACCAUUACCAUGAUGAUAAUAACGAGGAAGAAGAUGAUGAAGCUGCCGCAAUCCGCGCAGAAGAGGUGAGAGAGAGGUUUAGGAAGGGUGUGAGGAGGGUCAUUUGUGUGUUGCGGAUGAUGAAAGAGAUGCCUGGCGAGACUUGGAGAAAGGGCUUGGGGGAAACUUGGUAG